AUAACAGUGUAAUUAGGCAAUAUGAUAAUAAAAUUGGUAACCGACUAUCUGCUUCUUUGGUAAGCUUCUUUCUCUCUGGAGAGUCUGGACCGUUUUCUUUUCAAGCACACUGUCAGUGCCACUCUCUUCUUCCCCCCACUGCUCUCUCUCCGGCUCGUUUGUAGCCAUUCGACAUAGCCUUGCCAUAACAACCUCUUCUUUCUUUUGGGUUUUUGAAUUUCAAAAAUUGAAAUUUCACGUGUGGAAGAAGGCCAAAGCAGAGUAACCCAAGAACCAAUACUGCAGGAGCCAAGAAGAAGAAGAGUCGUGAAAGAAUGUUCUACUCGCAAUGCUUCCUGUCAAGAGAAGGGCCGCUAGGUUCGAUUUGGGUGGCGGCUUACUGCUACAAAAAGCUCAAGAAAUCCCAAGUCACCCACACUGACAUCUCCUCCUCUGUUGACAAAGUGUUGCAAGAUGAGUUUGAUGAUGUCGUUGCCUAUAGAGUGCUGGCCUACUUUCUUCUUGGGAUUGCCAGGAUAUACUCCAAAAAGGUUGACUAUCUCUUCAACGACUGCAACAAGGUGCUUGCUAAGGUCAAGGAAUUUGUUGCUGCUACUGGUAAUAGUAGUGACAUUGCCCUCGUGGCGCUUACAUCCCCUUGUUUCGGUGCCAUUACCCUCCCCGAAAGGUUCGAACUUGAUGCUUUUGACUUGGGAGUCCUGGAAGAUACUGGUAGUGGGUGCAAUGUAUUGCCUCUAGAAGACAUCACACUGGGAGAUGGUACGAGGAGAUAUGGGAGAUCCGAGUACCUUGCUAAAGACAAGUAUCACUGCAUGGAUCUCGUUCCCCUCGAGGAUAGAUUCCCUGCCGUUGGGUACCCUCUGAAUGAAGACAUGUUGCCAGUUGAGAGGGCGGCAGGUACAUCAAGUGAACCAGAGAACUUGAAAGCAACUGUUGAACCUGAUGGUGAUACCCCACACCAAGAUUGGUGCGAAUAUUCUGCAGAACGUGAAAUGCUAUCAUCUAGGAAUCCGGAUGAUCAUUUACCAGAAGUCGGAACCUCACAUUCGCAAGUUUGUCAACCUGAAGAUAUUGGAGAGUCUAAUAUAAUCUGUAUGCAGAAGGUAUGGGAUGAUGAUUACUUUGAAGCAUUAUCCCUCAAUAUUGGAAUGUCUCUUGGAAUCGAAACAAAAUGUGGUGAUGUUGUUGAGCUAGCUGCCGAACUUCAUCAAACUGAAGGGCAGCAUUCAGAUGUGCCGCCUGUUACCGAGGCACAGGAUGGUAUCCCUCAGGACAAUACUAUAGUAUAUGAAAUGUCUUCUGAAGUUGAGGUGCAUCGUGUAGAUGUGUCACAUAUGCCCAAAUUGGUAAACGAGAUGAAUCAUGGUGAUGUGAGUGUACUAGAAACAAAUGUUGAGCAAAUUCAAGACAAUGCAUCUUUGCAGGGCCAAUCUGUCGAUUAUGAAAUGUUCAAUGGAGUUGAGAAACCCCUCGAGGAUGCUGAAAAUGUUGGUUCUGUGGAAGAGACACCAUCAAGAUGUGUGAAACAACAGUUUGGGCUAGUAUAUCGUAGGGGAGAAAAGAAAGGAAAGGUUCCAGAUGAGCCUGAACCGACGGAAGCUAGCGUAGAGAAACUGCAAGAUUGUAGAUUAUCUCAGGAGAAAGUUCUGAACUUUGAAACAUUCUUCCCAGUUCAGGAACAACUUCAAUGUACUACGCCAUGUGUUAAAGAGAAUCACAGUGCAGUAGAACGCAUCAAGUUGAUCGAUGAAACACCAUCCGGAAAUACUCAGUCUUGGGUGGCCAGAGAUGUUUGUCAUUUAUCAGUGACAGUUGACAGUACUCCUGAAUCUCAAUAUCCCAACACUGCAGGAAUGAAUAGAACGCCAGAGGUUUUGGUUAUUCCUACUCCAGCAACUAAGGAGCGUGCUCCAACUCAAAGAAAGAGGAAGUGCAUCUUCGAUGAUAUCAUUGUGUUUCCAAAUGACAUAGUUAAGAGAAGCAUACAAGAUCCGAGUGGCUUGGUUUCUAAAAGAAGAAAGGUUCCUCAUACUGGUCUUGCUGCCUGGAAGGCUUAUCGAUUUCUCAAUCUGCAUCAGUGUUUAAUGGAACCCUUGAUUCCUUGUUCACCUUUGGGGACUGCAUUGAAGAUUCUUUUUGACAAACGAUCGAAGAUUCCUGAAGCUAUUAAGACAUGUACUACCCCGAAAGAGUCGUUAUCUAGAUCAAAAUGCUCCGCUGGUCAGUCUAGUACUAUGAAACCUUCAGGCAAUUCAGGAUCUCUUAAUGAUGGUACACCAGUUGAAGUUGUGGAAUCUCAGCACACUUUAGAGGAUUCCCGGCAUCUAGCUGUUGGUGAAUUAGUAGUAGAUCCUCCAGCGAAGUUGGAUGAUAAUGAACCUGAAAAUGCUACUGGUGGAAUCUCAGACCAGACAGUGAUUUCUCCUGGGACACCAGUUCGUUCAUCAGCUCAAACAAUGAAGCUAAACAUACCGGAGUUUGGAAAUGCCUCGAUGGAACAUACUGUUAUCGCUCCUGAGACACCUGUUCAGUGUACAACAGCAUUCAGAUCUUUUGAAAGCCCCGAGAGGCUUGAUGCUUGCAAUGCGGAUUCUAUUGGUCCAUCAUUCGACCAUUUUGAGAAAGAGACUGACUUGAGAAAGGAUCAAGAAACUGAUCUUCAUUUCAUGAAUGAGGAUAUGAUGAUCGACGAUGAAAACCAGGAAAUUGAUGGAUGGUCGGAAAGAACCAGGGUGGCAGCCAGGCUCCUGCAGAAUACAUUUACAGAGAAACAACGUAAAGGGGAGGAGGAAAUAGUGAACCUGCUGCAACUCCUGGAAGGAAGAACAAAGAAAGAAAGUGCGAGGCUCUUCUACGAGAUACUGGUGCUCAAAUGUAAAGGGUUCGUGGAUGUGAAGCAAGAGAGUGGGUAUGGGGAAAUCCUUGUGCAGAAGCCCUCUUCAAUGGAGUCGUGAUCUGUUCAAGGGUUCUCGGGUUUUGGUUUAGUGUUCCAUACACAGAUACACUCUAUGGCUGCCCGAAUAGAGACGAAGAGUUGCAACUCGGAAAAAAAGAGUAGGACUUAGCUGUAGGAAACUUGAAUAGGAGGAGAGGCUUGGUGUAGGGAAUAGUUAGGAAUCCAGGAUGUAGCUUGUUUCUGUAAAUGAUACAUGAAAACAUUUAUGAAUAUAUGCAGCUAGUAUAUUGAUAUUCUUGAUUACUUCUACAGUUCAACUUUCUUCACCUCUUGUUGCAUUCUACAUUAUCAUUUCACAUCUUUAAUCUGGCUUUGUUGCCUUGAGAGUCCAAUUUUGUAUAAUAAAACAUGCAAGUAAAAUCAAACAACAAGCGGGGAUAGCUCAGUUGGGAGAGCGUCAGACUGAAGAUCUGAAGGUCGCGUGUUCGAUCCACGCUCACCGCAUUUUUUCAAUUUUAUUUUUAUGGUCUGAAUCUUCGUUUAGUUUAUUUUUUUAGUUUAUUUUUUGGGCUCCGGCCUAUUCGAAGCUAUCGCGGGCCCGAUUUAUUGGGUUUGAAGGCCCAGUCAAUGUCCGCGACUUGCAGACAGAAUCUGAAAACUUUCCUCCUUCCAAUUCCGGAGUCUCUCCAUCGCUCUCCCCAAAACCCUAUUGUUCUCCGAAUUGGAAGUCUCGAUCUUAAACCCCAUUCGCGGGUCUUCCUUCCAUUGCCCUUCGCCUUCGGGGUGAAAGGAAAACGCUUGCUGGAACUGUUUCCUACUUUUUACGCCUUCCUUUUUGUUGGUUCGUUUUGGGUGGUGGAUGCUUUGUGCGUGAGGAAGCAGAAGGGACGAUUUGAUAUUAAGAUCAACAGAAUGGCAACCCAGGCAGCAACAGCUUUCAGUGGCAACGUAAAGGUACUUCCUUUAGAUUUUCCAUCAACAAGCCUUUCCCCAGUUUUCACUCUCCUUCGAAUUUGGCGCCGAAGCUAAUUCCACUUUACCGAGAAUUGGAGCGCUAGUGAGCUCGCCAACUGUUUGUUGAAAGUUCUGGACGAAUUGUGCGUUAGCUGCUUCAUUGUAAUUCGGAUUUGAAUGGAUGAUCGCAUGUGGACUUUAGUGAUUAGGAUGGUUAUACUUGCUGUGAUUUUAUCAUCAUGGAAAUCGAUUGUGCACAUUCUGAUUACUUGUGGGUGGCAUUUCUAAUUCUGGUGCUUUUUUUGGUUGCCUUACUGGCAGAAAGCACUUGCUGGCAUUAAACGGAUCAACCUCGAUGGCCUGCGGUGGAGAGUAUUUGAUGCGAAAGGCCAGGUGGGAUUCAUGUUCGUCUUUCAAUUUGAUGUCUUUACCUUAUGGGCUGAGCCUGCGCUGAUUAACUACUCCCAAUUGAUGAAUCAAAUGCUCUUCCUAGUUUAUCCAAGUAAAAGUAAGAUAACAUUAAGCCACUUUAUUUUCUAUAGGUACUUGGCCGGUUAGCAUCUCAGCUGUCCAUUGUUCUGCAAGGCAAGGACAAGCCAACUUAUGCACCCAACCGUGAUGAUGGAGAUAUGUGCAUUGUGAUUAAUGCCAAGGAUAUAUCGGUUACAGGGAGAAAAAUGACCGAUAAGGUCUAUUACUGGCAUACAGGGCAAGUAUCUGCUUUCAUUUGAUUUAUCUGGACCAGUAAAAUAAUGGAAUUGUUCUUCUAGCUGUUUGCUGAAGUAGAUGACUCUUAUUUUCUCGUAUCUCUCUGAAGUCUCUUGUAUAGCAUUCCAUAGCACCCCUUUCUCACUAGUGAUUGACUGUGUGCCAUCACUCUUGGUGCAGCUAUAUUGGGCACCUCAAGGAAAGGACUUUGAAAGACCAAAUGGCCAAGGACCCAACAGAAGUCAUUCGCAAAGCUGUUAUGCGUAUGCUCCCAAGAAAUAAAUUGCGUGAUGUGAG